CUCUGCUCGACACGUCCCGUUUCCCCGUUCCCUGUGGAAUACCACCGUGAUAUGAAACGGCAUGACUUGGAGGUCGGCGCUGACGAGAGCUUCGGCCAUGGCGGCAUCCGCCGGCCCAAACCAGAACGCCCUCUCCAACCUCGCCGCGUCGGGCCGCAGCAGCCACCGGCUCCUGCGCCUUGCCGAGCAGCUCCGCCUCUACCGGCCCUCUCCCCUGUCCUCCGAUGCCGACGAGACCGUGGUCGAUGACCGCGGCAAGGUCUUCUCCGCCAUGGCUCUACUGGAGUCUGCCGCCGCCGCCGCCGCCGCGCACCUCACCGGCAGCGGCGCUACGGAGAAGCUCGCCCCCAAGCGGGCCGCGGUCCUCGUUUGCCUCUUCGAGGGCGACCGCGGCGAAUUUCGCGUCAUCCUCACCAAGCGCUCCUCCAACCUUUCCACUCACUCCGGUGAAGUCUCGCUUCCAGGGGGCAAGGCGGACGAGGGCGAUGCGGACGACCGGGAGACGGCAUUGAGGGAAGCCAAAGAAGAGAUUGGGCUUGAUCCGUCCCUUGUCACCAUCGUCGCCGUCCUCGAACCUUUCUUAUCUAAGCAUCUUCUGAGAGUCGCCCCUGUAAUCGGCAUACUUCCAAACAAGCAGGCAUUCAGACCGGCUGCAAACACCUCUGAGGUGGAUGAAAUAUUCGAUGUGCCUCUGGAGAUGUUCUUGAAGGAUGAGAACCGGAGGUCAGAGGGAAGAGACUGGAUGGGAGUCAACUAUCUGGUUCAUUACUUUGAUUACAUAGCAGGAAAUAAGAAAUUUGUGAUAUGGGGUCUGACUGCUGGCAUUCUAAUUCGUGUUGCAUCAGUUGUUUAUCGGAGGCCGCCUUCUUUCAUCGAGCAAGUUUCUAAACUAUAGAUCCCAGGUUUUACCAAUGGGAAUUCUUUGGUUCCAGCUACUCAAAUUCCAUUAUGAUGACAAAGCAGUAAAUAGAACUGUAGUAUUAAUUGUAAAUUUCUCAAUGGCUUUCUGAAUCUGUCUGCAGUAUUCUUAUGUUCUCAUUCAAGGGAAAAUUUAUGGAAGUUGUCAAUAAUGUGGCCAGUGAAGUUGUUCCUUGUCUUAAAAUUCUUAAAGCUGGGAAGCUAAUCAAUAAAUAAGCAGGCUAAUUUUAUUUUUA